AUGGGUGAUCGCAACAAAUGUUAUAACUGUGGCAAACCUGGCCACAUGGCGAGGGACUGCAAAAGUAGCAGGACAGCUCGAGAUGGUAACCGAAGAGAUGCAGUAGUAGGGAAAGAAAAAGAUGACAUGGCAGUAAGACAAUAUGAACAGGGAUCGGAUCAAGAAAUGAAAGAGGUGAGAAAUUGGCGGAAUUCUGCAAACGACAAACGUGUGGAGAGAACGGUCAUAUGGCUAGAAACUGUCCAAAAGCGAACGAUUCAUCAUCAAAUACAAGGUGUUACAGCUGCAACGAGAUGGGUCAUAUUGCCGCAAGGUGCCCUAACAAAGAAUAACUCCGUUCCUGUGAAGUCGGCCACUUGA